AUGUCCAAGGCAGACAAAUGGUUUACCAAAACAUUUGUUUGGGCGGCACAACAAACUGCCCAGGAAGUGACUGAGGUCCAAUGUUGUAAGGCAAGCAGCUCAUUCCCCCAGCUCACCAAUCCUGCCGAAAAGCACAAGGCUUGGAUUGAGCACCAUGAGCGCCCCUACAAAGGGGUCACACUAUAUGGGAUCCACAAUACAUGUGAUCUGGAAGAAGUGGAGGGCUACCUCCUUCUAGCUAGGCUAUGUCCCACAGCCAACAACAAGCAAGGGGAGGCUAACUACCUCCACUUCACAAAAACAGCCAUCAAAUUGUUGGCUUCUGGGACAGACUCCAUCUCUGCAUUGAGAAUGGAGCUCAACAUUGUGCCCAAAAGGAUGUAUGAGAGAUAUCAAGGGCCUCUGGAGACCCUUACAGAGGAAAAUGUUGUCCGUCACUUUGCAGCCAAUGGAGUGACUACAGAAGAGGCCAUUCAGGCAAGGCAAUUUGCCCGCACCUGGAUUUAA